AUGAGUAAUGUUGUACAGAGUACACUUACAGUCAUUUUACGUGUGGGAUUCGUAUUGGGAAAUUUAGGAAAUGGAUUCAUAGCCCUGGUGAACUGCAUGGACUGGGUCAAGAGAAGAAAAAUGUCUUCAGUUGAUCAAAUCCUCACUGCUUUGGCCAUCUCCAGGCUUGGUGUGCUAUGGAUAGUAUUACUUGAUUGCUGGGUAUCUGUGACUUUCCCAGAGAAUUGGAUCAGUGAAAAAAUGUUAAGACUUACUUACUUUAUCCGGCAUGUGAGCACUCAUUUUAGCAUCUGGUUUGCUACAAGCCUCAGCAUUUAUUAUUUUCUUAAGAUAGCCAAUUUUUCCAAUUCUAAUUUUCUUUACCUUAAGUUUAGAGUCAAAAAGGUGGUGUCAGUGACUUUGCUUGUUUCCCUGGUUUUAUUGUUUUUUAAAAUUGUAUUGUUGAGCACACAUUUUGGUUUCACGAUUGACACGUGUAAAACAAACAUGUCUCACAGUUUCAACUUAACUCAAGUUGUACAAUUUUCCAAAUUAUAUUUAUUCACCAACACAGUGUUUACAUCCAUACCUUUUCUUGUGUCCCUGAUAACUUUUCUCCUGCUGAUCAUCUCCCUCUGGAAACAUCACAAGAAGAUGCAGCAGAGUGGCAUAGGAUCCAGAGAUGCCAGCACCAUGGCGCACAUAAAAGCCUUGAAAAUGGCGAUUGCCUCUCUCCUCCUGUACACCAUUUUCUUUGUAUUUCUUUUACUAAAAAUUUGGAGCUUUAAGUUUCUGGAGCAAAAUCUGCUCAUAUUGUUUAGCCUGGCUUCAGGAAUUAGUUUUGCUUCAGGCCACUCAUGUGUCCUGAUUCUUGGAAACAGCAGGCUUAGGAGGGCCUCUCUUUUGUUGCUGUGGAGGCUGAGGUGCAGGUGCAAAGGUGUGAGACCUCUGAGUCCAUAG